AUAUAGCAAAUUUUUACUGGGUGGCAACCUUCGACUUAAUACUACAACAGAAGAACUUAUAAAUCAUUUUGCACAGUUGGCAUAAAGUACUACGAAAUAUAACGGCUGCUACAGUGUUUACACGCUACAUAGACUUGCCAGCUGCGUUUGGCGGUAGCACAACAAAUAAGAGAUUAAUUUCUCAGCGAUCGCUUAGUUGGCAACGAAGAGAGAAAGAGAGGAGCUGGCGAAGUUGGCUUAAAGUUGUAUCUUGGAAUUGUUGCCGGUCAUUAACACAGCGUAGCUGAAGGCAAUAACAACGCUUAAAAGACGAAGACGGAUCGCAAACAAAUUAAAGACAACAGCAGCAGCAGCACAAGAAGUAUACGUAGAAGAAGAAGAAGAGGAAGCAUUGACUGUCCAAACCGAAAUAAAUAGAAAUUCUUCAAAAUGGGUCUUCGAUUCCAGCAGCUGAAGAAGCUCUGGUUGUUAUACCUGUUUUUGUUGUUUUUUGCAUUCUUCAUGUUUGCAAUUAGCAUAAACUUAUAUGUGUCAAGCAUUCAGAGCUCUGACGCAGAACCGCGUCAUCCGAAACCGCCGCCCAAACGACGCUCGCUUUGGCCAUAUAAAAACAUUGUGGCCCACUAUAUUGGCAAGGGAGACAUCUUCGGCAACAUGACUGCAGACGAUUACAACAUUAACCAGUUCGAGCCUAAACAGAGCGAGGGCGCCGAUGGCAGACCCGUAAUUAUUCCGCCGCGCGAUCGUUUCCGUAUGCAGCGUUUCUUUAAGCUGAACAGCUUUAAUAUACUGGCCAGUGAUCGCAUACCCUUAAAUCGAACACUCAAGGACUACAGAACACCAGAAUGUCGCGACAAGAGGUAUGUGAAGAGUCUGCCCACAACAUCGGUCAUUAUUGUGUUCCAUAAUGAGGCCUGGUCCGUGCUGCUGCGAACCAUUACCAGCGUUAUUAAUCGAUCGCCUCGUCAUUUGCUGAAGGAGAUCAUCCUGGUGGACGAUGCCAGCGAUCGCUCAUUCCUGAAGCGACAACUGGAAGCCUAUAUACAGGUUCUGGCGGUGCCUACGCGUCUGUAUCGCAUGAAAGAACGCAGCGGUUUGGUGCCUGCGCGCCUCAUGGGCGCCCAGCAUGCGCGGGGCGAUGUACUGACCUUUCUGGACGCCCAUUGUGAAUGCUCUCGUGGCUGGCUGGAACCGCUGCUGGAACGCAUUCAGCAGUCACGUCAAGUGGUCAUCUGUCCGGUCAUAGACAUCAUUUCAGAUGAUAACUUCAGCUACACAAAGACCUUUGAGAACCAUUGGGGAGCAUUCAACUGGCAGUUGAGCUUCCGCUGGUUCUCCUCGGAUCGCAAGCGUCAAACUAGUGUCAAGCCCAAGGAUGGCACAGCUCCCACAGCCACACCCGGCAUGGCUGGCGGUCUCUUUGCCAUCGAUCGCAAGUAUUUCUAUGAAAUGGGCGCCUACGACAGCGACAUGCGCAUCUGGGGAGGAGAGAACGUGGAGAUGUCGUUCCGCAUUUGGCAGUGCGGUGGCCGCAUCGAGAUUAGUCCCUGCUCACAUGUGGGCCACAUAUUCAGGAGCAGCACGCCGUAUACUUUCCCGGGCGGCAUGAGCGAGGUGCUCACUGCAAAUCUGGCCAGAGCAGCCACCGUCUGGAUGGACGACUGGCAGUAUUUUGUCAUGCUCUAUACGGCGGGACUUUCGCUUAAUGCUAGAGAUAAAGUGAAUGUCACGGAGCGUUUGGCACUGCGUGAGAAACUGCAAUGCAAACCGUUUUCAUGGUAUCUGGAGAACAUUUGGCCAGAGCAUUUCUUUCCGGCGCCAGAUCGCUUCUUUGGCAAGAUUAUCUGGCUGGAUGGCGAGACGGAGUGUGCUCAAGCCUACAGUGACUACAUGAAGAAUCUGCCGGGAAGAGCGCUGUCACGCGAUUGGAAGAAGGCUUUCGAGCAGAUCGAGAGCAAAGCAGACGAAUUCACUUCGUUGAUCGACUUGGAGCGAGAUAAAUGCCUGCGUCCACUGCAUAAUGAUGCGCCACGCUCCUCCCUGCAACCCGUCACGGUGGGAGACUGUUCAUCGCAUGCGCAGAGCAUGGACAUGUUUGUCAUUACGCCCAAGGGCCAGAUAAUGACCAAUGAGAAUGUCUGUCUCACUCAUCGUGCGCCAAAACAAGGCGCUGCUAAGCUGCUGCGAAAUCAACGGAAUACAACCACGUCGAAUGUGAUGCUAAUGCCCUGUGCCGUAGAAUCAAGUCAAUUCUGGACCUACGAUAUGGAUACCCAACAGAUUUCACAUCGGGAAUCGAAACUUUGUCUUACUCUAAAGUCGGCUACAAAUGCGCGCACACAAAAGACGGAAAAAGUGGUGCUAACAACAGAUUGUAACUUCAAGGAUAUAACACAGAAAUGGGGUCUUAUACCAUUGCCAUGGCGCAUGUAA